AUGGCCCCUCUGUCUCACACCCUGGCACUGCUGGCAAUGACUGUGGCCACUGUGGCCAUCAAGGUGGUGCCCCUGGGCAUGGCCCGGGACUCCUUCGAUGACCAGUACGGGGGCUGCAGACAUGCCACGACCGCGGCACUGCCAGCCCUCAACUGCUUUGAGUUCCGCCAGAACCUUCUGUUUGCCCAGGUCUGGGCAAAGGCCGAGGCUGAGUGGCACAAGCGGGGCUCUCCUGUGUCCCCUCUGGUGUCCCCACGGCACGCCAUCGCUCUCAUGGCCUACACGACGACGGACAUUUACAAGGAGUUCAACGUGGCCGUGCGCGCGGCCGGGCGCUCCCGCCAGGAAUACCGGAACAACUUCCACUUCAAAACGCUGCAUUUCCUGCUGACCAAGGCCCUGGUGGCACUGAGGCACGCUCAGAAAACGAUGUGUCACCACGUGUUCCGGGGCGUGCGUGACGUCCGGUUCCAGACACGUGUGUUCGGUCAAUGCACAUCGAUGUUGCUGCGCAAAGAGAUGACCCCGCAAUACGGAACAGACACGAUAUUCGAGGUUCACACGUGCCACGGCGUGGACAUCCAGGCAUUUUCCUUCAAUCUGAGCAACCGAGAAAUGGCUGUCAGUGUCUUCAAAAUGGGGAUGGAUGGCUCUACGGACGUGAAGUUUGUCACAGAACCCUGGUGGCUUGAUGAGAACAUUUGA